AUGACUCCAAUCACGAGAUCAUCCUAAAAAGCUAGGUUAGAAAGAAGCUCUUCUAAUAUAAGAUCUCCUCCUUAGUUAGGUUAGUCAUCUUCUGCUGCGUCACUACUUAAUUAUCGAAUGAGCUAAUAAGCAUUAGGAAAAAGUUUAGGAAGUUAAUCAAGAUUAAGAUUUGAUAAAGAAAAUGAAAUGUAAAGAAAGUAAAGAGAUAUGUCAGCAGACACCCUUUAAAAAAGGCUUGACACUUUCUUUGCAUCCACAAGAAAUUUUAUUUAUUCAUCCACUAAAAUGAAAAAUUCAAUGGUUGAAGUUAUUAAAGAAGUAGAUUAGCAAAUAGAUUUUAAUAUAAAAUUAUUUGAAACAGAUAAAUAAUCUCUUGAACGCUGUCUUAAUACUUUAUAAUCUUAGUUAUUCAACAUUAAAGACUCAACAGAUAUUAAUUUUAGGAGCACUGCAAAUCCAUUUAGUAACAGUAAAACUGCUUUUUUUAGCAGAUAAUAAGAAAGCUUAGCUCAAACUCAAAAUUUAACUGAUAAUAUUUAUUUAAAUUAACUGAGAAGAGAAAACAAAAAUCUAAAGUAUGAAAUGUAAAACUUAAAAGAAGAAAUAGAUAAACUAAAUAUAGAAAAGAUUUAGAAAUACAAAAGCUAAGACUAGUUUUUAGCAUCUGAACUAGAAAGCUUGUAAAAAUAGGUUAUAAAAAUAGAGAAAAAAGCCACUGAAAGGAAGGUUUGCAUUAAAAAGUUAUACAGUUUACUGGAAAAUAAAGAAAAAGAGCUUGAAGAAUUUAGAAACUAUUAACAAAAGUAUCCUCUAGGAGCUGUUGUUAAUAUGAUUUCUUAAAUUAAAAAGCACGACUCAUCAAAAAAAAUGUAGAAUUAUGUAGAAAUGGCGAUAAAAGAAGUGAAGUUAAAUAAUCUACUUCAUAAAGAAGGAGAUACCUACAGCAAACAGAAAAGAGUAGAAAUUGAAGAAAUGAUACACUUUUUGAAAGUAGAAUAAAAAGAAGUUAUUAAAUAUUUUGCUAGUUUAGUAUAAGGUUAAUAAGUAAAUAAGCUUGAAAGACAAUUGUCUCCUUCCUCUUAAAUUAAUUAGAAUUUUAUAGGCAAGGACAAUAUUUCUCCUAAAAAUUAAUAACAAGAUUUGGGAAAUGGUGGUGUAGCUUCGUCUUUAUAAUUUAUUAGGUCUAAUGGAUUUAGCUAACAAAAUUAACCUAGUAGGAAUGGAAGUUAAUUAGCUUCACCUAAUAACUUUAAAUCUCAAUUAAGUAUAAGCAAUCAAAACUUUAUGAAAAGUGAAAGAUUAUCUCCUCAGCAAUAACAAAUAUUACCUGUGUCUCCUACAAAUAAAUUGUUAAAUGCCAGUUUAGGUCAAGGUUUCAAUAAAGAUGAUUUUGAAUAUGUUCUAAAAGAGUAGGUAGAGUAUGUUAGAAAAAAAUAUCUUACUCACUUUGUAGAAAUGUUAGCUCAAUUAGGUAUUCAUACAGAUAAUUUGAACUUAAGCAAUCAAAGUGAUGAAGCUCCAAUUAUUUUAAAGCUUAGAGAAGAGUUCUAGAAGAUUGCCACAAAACAUACAGGAUAUUCAUAAUUGGUUUAAGAACUCAGAUAAAGAAUUGAAACAAAAGAAAAAGAAUUAAUAGAAAAGUGUUCAGAAAUAGAUAAUCUAAAAGUUAAAGUUAUUAAAGUGCAAGAAGAAGCAGAGAGUAAUCCAAAAAUAGAUAAACUCGAAGAAUAAGUUUAAUAGUUUAAGCAAGAAAUAAGAGCAAAGAAUGAAGAAAAGAAAUAAGCAUACUCGAAAAUAUAGUAACUUGAAGAAAUUAACUUAGAAAACGAAAGAAGAGAAAGAUUAUAUUUAGAGGAUUUAGAUAGACUUAGAGAUGAUUUGUUUAUGGUAUUAGACAAUUUAAAGAAUAUUUUAGAAUACUUUGGAAUCAUAGAUGCAAACGAGGAGAGAAAUGUUGAUAGAAUGCUUGAUACUUUAAGAUAAUAUUUAGAAAAAUAAGCUGAUAAAGUUUUCCUUCAUAAAAAUGUGUUUGAAGAUAUGGAAAAAAAAAUUAUUGACAAUUAAGAAGAAGUUGAAAUCCUUAAGUAAUAAAAUGGAGAAUUUGCUAAGUAGAUAGAUGAUUUAGAAGAAAUCAAUAGAACACUUAAGGAUCAACUAGAAAUUAUAUCGCUCAAAAAUGAGGAAGGUGAUAAAUUAGAAUAAGGAAUUCGUGACAAAAUUAUUUAACUCCAAAAUGAAAAUCAUAUUUUGAAGAAAAAUUAAAUUGCUCCAGAACUGUUCGAAAAAAUGCAACAAGAAAAUAGAGAAGCUUAAAAUGAGUUAAAUGAAAGAAAUGAAGUAAUAAUUAAUAUGAAAAUGGAAAUUUAAUCUCUUGAAUAAAAGUUGUAAGAAAAAGAAAAAUAGAUUAAAAAAAUUUAAUCUGAAAUGGUUGAAGUUGAGGAAGAAAAAAUUCAUUAAGCAAAACUUGUUAAAAGUUUGGAAUAAUUCUAAGUUGACAAGAAAGCACGUAAUGAAGAGAUUUUAGAAAAGGUUAUUGAAAUGGAAAAAAUUUAGAAAAAGCUAAACAAAAGAAAUAUUGAACUUGAAGAGGAACUCAAAAAAUACAAAGAAACUGAGAUUAACCUUGAAGUUUAGAUUGAAAAAGCUAAAAAGUAAGGAGAUGAAAAAACAUAAGACCUUUAGAAAAAGAUCAAAGAUUUUGAAAAAUAGAAUUAAUAAAGCAAUUAAAAGAUAGGAGAGCUUAAAGAGUAAAUAGCUACUUUGCAGAGCUAAAUAUCAAAUUUAUAACAUGAAUUAUAGUAAGAGAAGGACAAAAAUAUAAAAUAAGAAAUGGAUUUUAAAAAAAGUAAUGAGAAUGAUAUUGCUUAAUUAGAAUUUUCUUUACAAAAAUAAAUUAAAAAUCUCCAAUAAGAAAAAGAAGAUGCAGUAAAUGCAGAAAGAUUGAAAUACGAAAAGGAAAUAUAGGCUAUACGUAGAUAAGAUGAAAGUGAGGAGUAUAUUAGUGAAGAAAAAUACUAAAAGCUACUUUCUGAGUUAAACAUAAAAGAUUAAUAAGUAAAAUAACUUCAAUAGCAAUUAUAGGAAUAAGAAAUAGCUCUUCAAGAAUCAAAAGAGGCUUUAUAUAUUGAAAGAUAAAAAUUAGAUGCAUAGCUCUAAGAAUAGCUUAAAAAUUAAAGUAUUGAGUUAAAAAAGGUUAACGAAUAAGAAAUAUAGAAUGUUGUUGAUUAAUUUGAAAAAAUUCUAAAAGAUAAAGCAGCUUAAUUUGAACAAGAGAAAUCUUAAAAGAACGAAGCUUUUGAAAAGGAAUUAAAGUAAAUUUAAAACAGAUUUAAAGAACAUGAAGAAGAAAUUAACAGAGAAAAUAAAAGAGUUGUAGAAGUAAAUUAAAUGGAACUUAAUGGAUUAAAAGAAAAUAAUGAAGAGCUACAAAGCUUAAAUCAGAAACUUGAAAUCGAGCUUAAGCAAGCACAAAUUCGUGAAAAUGAACUAUAAAGUGAAAAUGAGAAUUUGAAAACUAAAAUAGAAUUGAUAGAAAGUAAUGCAAGCUCAGAAAAUAAAACCAUUGUAAAUGGUCUUUAGACUGAAAAGAGACAAAUAGAAUAAAACUUAUCACAAGCCAAAAGAAACUUAGAGCUUAGUGAAAAAAAUAUAUUAGAAUUAAAAUAGAAAAUAACUAAACUUGAAGAAGAAAAUGAAAGCAUUUCUUUGGAAAGAAGUAAUUUAAUUAAAUAAUUACAAGGAAAUUAAGAUGAAAUAAAUGAUGUUAAACAAGAUAACCAAUAAAAAUAGUCAGAAUUAGCUUAGCAUAUUUAAUAAAAAGAUUAUUACAUUUAAGAGCUAGAAAACGAAAUAACUAAUCUAAAGUCUAAAAUUGAUUAAUCAAAUUAAGAAACAUAAAUAAUAACUUAAGAGAGUAUCUAGCUGAAUCAUAAAAUUUCAGAACUCUAACAAUUAAAUUAGGAAAAGGAAAAACGUAUAGAAUAGAUUUCUAAAAAAGCAGAAGAAGCUAUUAUUUAAUUAUAAAAAGAACAUUAAUAAAAGAUCGAGGAAGUAAUUCAUUAGUCCAAAGGCGAAAUUCUAGAAGGUUAUAACAAAUAAAGAGCUUAAUUAGAAUAAUAAAUAGUUUUUCUUAAUUAAUAAAAUGAAUAAACAAAACAAUCUUUUGAAAAGUAGAUUCAUUCUCUUUAAAAUGAAAAAGAAUAAUAAAAAAUUAGUUUUGAAAACCAAAAAGAAUAGCAACGUAUCUUAUUUGAAUAAGAAAAAUAAUAAUUAGCUAAAUAGUUUGAGUCAUAAAAAGAGCAAAAUAAAAAUGCACUUGAAAAACAAAUUAACGAAUUGAAUGAAAAGCUAAAUUCAAGCAAAAAUAAAUAUGAGAGCGAAAUCUAAGCUAUCAAUAAGGAAUAUAAUAAAAAAAUAUAAGAUACAGUCGAAUAAACAAAAAUAGAAAUGAACUAAACAUUUAGCUAACAAAUAAAAAAAUUAGAAUAAUAAUUAAACGAUUUAACCAGAUAAAACAACGAGUUUAAGUAAAACAAUAAUGAACUAUAAAAAUAAAUUUAGUCUAAUUAGGUUGAAGCAGAAUAAAAAGUAUAAUAGCUGAAACAAAACCAUUAAAAGCAAUUAGAUUAGAGUAUCAAUUAAGUAACAAAUGAAAUUACAGAAAGCUUUAAGUAGUAAAUAGCUACCCUUGAAAAGUAAAUAAAUUUGCUGAAAGACACCUAAGCUGCUAGCUCUUAGAAUCAAACAUCUAAAUUUACUUAAGAAAUAAAUAGUCUCAGUGAAUAAAUAGUUUCUCUAUAACAAGAAAACUAGGUUCUAAAUUAACAUAAAAGGGAUUUAGAUUCUCUUAAUUAGAAACUUUAACAAAAUAUCUAAGAAAUCUAAGAAAAUUUAAAUUAAUCUUAAAAAAAUAAUAUUAAAUUAGAAAGUAUUGUUAAAGAUUCUUAACAAAAACUUGAACAAUAAGUUAAGAUAUUGGAAGAAGAGAAAGAAAGAUAUAGUUUGAUAGAAAAAGAAAAGCAAAGUAUUUUAGAAAAAAAUAAUCAAUUAGAAAACUAAAUGGAAGAGCUGAAAAGAAAUUUACAACAGUUCAAGGUUUAAGUGCAAUAAACUGAGUAAAAAUAAGAAAAUGAGGCUUUUUCUAAAUUAUAAAAUGAAAAUAAUGACUUGGUUCAAUAAAACAAUUCUUUACUCUUCUAAAUUAACGAAUUAAAUAAUUAAAUCCACUUACUUGAAGAUAAAUUACAAAAAUCUAGCAUACUUUAAGGAAAAUAGAUUACAACUGAAAACUAAUAGGGUGAAGAAAUAUUUGACUUUGAAGAUUUUGCAGAUGAAUUAGCAGCUUCUUAAAAUGCUAAAGAUAAGUCAAGAUAAGAUAAGGAAAAGAAAUCAGAAAUGGUUGCUGAUAGCGGAAAGUUUAAGCUCAACUUUGCUAGCAUUUAAAAUAAUUUUGAUAAUGAUAAAGAUAGAAUGUAAAUAAAGAGGGAUAUGCAAUAACAAUAAUAAAUUAAAAACAAGGAAGCUAAUGAUUAUUUUGUUGACGACGAUGAUGACUUUGAUGAUUCAAAUCAAGAAAAAGAUAAAUUUAAAGAUUAAAUCAUUUAAGAGUAAGGUAUUGCUAUUGAAGGUUAAAAAAAUGAAAUUUCUGAACUAAAAAAUCAAAUUGAUAUGAUGUUUUAGGAUAUAAAUUCUUAAAGAGAAUAUAUUCAGUACUUAGAAAGUCUUGUAGACGAAUAUAAAUAAAAAGAGUAACAAAACCCUCUGAACAUUAAUGAAUUUGAUAACUAAGGAGGAUAAUAAUAAGAACAUUUUGUUGAAUAAUCUGAUGCUAGCCCAAAUACAAAGAUUUUAAAUUUAAAAUCUAAAUUAGCAGAUGUCCAAGAAAAUCACGAGACAGAGAUUUUGAACUUAAAUCAGUAACUCAUUGCUUUAAAAGAAGAAAUUAAAGGAUUAAAAAAUCACAUAGCCGAUUUAAUGUAGGCAAAUGAUGAUUUAGAGCUUAGGAUAGAAGAAAAAGAAAACUAAAUUUUAUAGUUACAUGAAAAUCAACAAGACAAUGUUAACGAAGAAUAAAUUGGAGUCUUGCAAGAAUAAAUUUAAAAACUCUAAAAUAAGUUACGUAGAUAAGAAGAGGACAUGGCCUAUCUUCAAUAAGUUAAUCAAAAUCUAAAUAAGCAAAUCGAUGAAUACAUGAAAAAAUUAAAAAUGAAGUAGCCAGGUAGUGAGAGUGGAUAAAGUAAGGAUGAUGAAGAAUAUGAAGGAGGUCUUGUAUAACAACUUGGUAAAACCCAAUAAUAGCAAUAGCAAUAACCAAAGUAACCUUAAUAGCAAUAGUCAUAAAAAGCAUAACCAUAAUAGUAAUUGUAAUAGCAAUCUAAAAAAGAUAUAAGUUAGAAUUAAAUUGGUUCAUAUAAUGAUAUGCAAGAUUAAGACUUUGAGAACGAUCAAGAUGAAGAAGAGACAUAUUAAUCUUAAAAACCAAAAAUCUUAAAUACUCAAGAAGCUGAAUAAUUUUAGGCUCAAUUGAUUAAUGAAAAAAUAUAGCUUCAAUAGUAAUUAGCUGAGUUGAAAAAUGAUAAUGAUGCUAUUUAAACUGAAGAUUAAAUUUAAAUACAAUAAAUUCAAAAGAGACUUGAACACAACAAAAAGUAAUUGCAAUUAGUUUAAGAAAUGGCCUCUAAUAGAAAUAAGGAAAAGUAUGAAUUUGCUUAACUAAAGGAAAAACAUUUACAUCUUACUUAGUAAUUUAAGGAACUCAAAGAAGAAACUGAGAAUCUGAAACUUGAAAAUUAAAACUAUAGAAAUUAAUUAGGAUCUAAAAAUGCUAGUCCAUAGAUAAACUCUAUGAAACCAGAUUCAAAAAAUCAAAGCGUUACCUCAACUGAAUAGUUAGACAUGCUUAAGCUUUCUCUUAUGGAUGCUCAAACUCAAUUAAAGUCCAUGAAAGAUAAAUAUUAAAAAGGAAUUAAGAGAAUUAAGUAAAUGAUAGAAGCACCUUCUUUUAGUGCAUCAUAGCCUGCUGAAACAGAAGAAGACAUAGUAGCUUUAGCAGACUAAUUAGUUGCAAGUCAUCAAUAAAAAAUAUAGCAAAUCUAAUUAUAAUUAUAGCACACUCUCUCUGAGGGAAUAUCAUCUCAUAAAUCACCUCAAGGUAACAAAGAAGAUGACUUUGUUGAAGAAAACGAAGGAAAAACAAAAAUAACUGAUAUUACAUCACUAAAAGCUUAUAUCCUCUAUUCAUAAAAGUUAGAAUUGAUAAUAGAAGAGGCCUUGCUUAAUAAGAUGCUGGCAUAAAAUGAUCAAUAAAAUAGAAAAGAUUUAACCUCUGAACAAUAUGAAAAAGUAUAGCAAUAUCUCCACAUACUAAGCGAUUUCUAAUAAAGCCUUUAAGAAAAAGAGAAAGAAUAUAAUGAUAUGCAAGAUAAAUUAAUUUUAUUAGCAGAAGAAAACGAAAAGCUUAAAAAAUCAGACUCCUCUUCCAAUCGCAAUAUACUUUAAAAACCCAAAUCAAUGCAGUAGAAGGAUCCUUUCUAAAUAAAUGAUUUCGAAAACAUAUAAGAGGAAAUUCCAAAUCCUAUUAACAAUCAAGGCAAUGAAUCUUCAUUCCUUAGUAUGAGUGAAUAGAUCAUCAAAGAGCUUGAAGGUGCUAAUAAUACAAAGACUCCAUAGUAAUAAGUCUCUAUGUAAUAACAAUCAUAAGUAUAAAAAUAACAUGAAGAGGACCUAAAUAAAUUAAUGAAAGAAAAUAGUGAACUCAAAGCAAGUAAAGAAUAUUUUGCUUCUAGAUAAGAUGAAUUGUAUGAUGAGUUGAGAGCAAAAGAUGAAAUAAUAUAAAAUAACGAAUUAUAUGUUAAAAAUCUCAAAAAAGAAAUCAGAAAACUUAAAGAAAGCACUGAGGCAGUUUCAUAAAAAGAAUAGCUUAAAAUAAUAUUUAUAAAGUUUAUUUAGGCUAUGGCAGAUAAAAAAAAAUAACUUGAAGCAGAUAAUUUCUUAGCAAUAUUAUUUAGUAUGCUAGGAGUCACAGACUAAGAUAAAGAAGAAAUAAUUAACUCUCUAGCAAAAAAACCAGCUGAUAAAAAAAAGACGAUUAUACAACUUUUAACUUUAAAAUGA